GCAGAAAGGUUCCAAACAAGACAAGCACUACAUGGAUUAUAACCAAAGGAAGUCUAGGUAUAAAUAGUUUUAUUCAUUUCAGAUCCGGACAAUUCUAGCAUGUCAUCCUGGAGAAGACGUCAUUGCUUCCCUCUUGGGUGGAACUGGCAUACCAGGCGCUUCAUGUUCCAUUGCUUUGUAUUACUGGUCCUUUUCUUCUUUAUGUUUGUUUUGUUUCAUAAUAAUCGAUGGCUUCCGAGGCAGAUAAUGGACAAAGGAAUCAUUCAGGUGGAUAAUACCAAUAGUUUCCAGUCAAAGGAAAGUGAAACAAUAUCAAAGAUGCUCCAGAAGUUAGUUGUCUUCAGUCUGAAGAACAAUCGGUCUUAUCACAAAAAGGUCUUACGUCAAAGAGUGACUACUGCGGAAAUUACGUCUAACAGGGUGUCUCAGAAUACACUGCAUUAUGGUUAUAUAAUUAAUGAGCCUGACAAAUGCCAGAAAAGCACUCCAUUUCUCAUUCUGCUAAUAGCAGUGGAACCACAGCAGCUAAGUGCUCGUGAGGCUAUAAGGCAAACUUGGGGAAAGGAAGACCUUUUCCAUGGAAUUCUGAUUGUUAAGUUGUUUUUGCUUGGCAGAGAUUCUAAAGGAACGGACAGAACUGACCAAGCAAUUGUGGAUGAAAGUAACCAAUACCAUGACAUCAUCCAGCAGGAUUAUUUAGACACCUACAACAAUCUGACAAUUAAAACCCUAAUGGGAAUGCACUGGAUAGCCACUUUUUGUCCAAACGUUUCAUAUAUCAUGAAGACAGACAGUGAUAUGUUUGUGAACACUGAGCACUUAAUAUACAGGCUUCUGAAGCCUGACGCAGCACCACAAACAAACUAUUUCACAGGAUAUUUUAUGAAAGGGUAUGCGCCCAAUCGUAAUAAAAACAGUAAAUGGUACAUGCCCCCGGAGCUAUACCCCGGAGAUCUAUAUCCCCCAUUUUGUUCUGGGACAGGCUACGUGUUCUCUGGGGACCUAGCAGAGAAGAUAUAUAAAGUUUCUUUGAGUAUUCCACGUUUGCAUUUAGAGGAUGUAUACAUUGGUGUUUGUCUUGAAAAAUUAGGCAUAAAGCCAGUGCCCCCUCCCAAAGAAUCUUAUUUUAAUAUUUGGAGGGUUUAUUAUUCAGAUUGUGUGUAUAACCAGAUAGUCACCUCCCAUCAGUUCCAGCCUUCAGAACUACUGAAAUAUUGGAAUCAGUUGCAGCAGAACAGGCAUGUCUGUAGCAAAACCCCCAAGUAAAGAACAAUUCUGAUCAAUGUUGGGGUACUGUCUGUGGGGCAGCACUUUCUCUACAGCAAGAUACCUUCAGGGAAGGGCACUUGCAAAGGAAAAGAUAAUGUUAAUUGCCAAAUAAAUAAAUAAGGUUUAUUUUUGCACAUUUUGAUAUGUUCAGCAUAUUACAUGACAAA